CCCCCCUCUUUUUCAAGUCCUUAUAUAUGCACUGCUCCCCUUUUCUGACCCAAAGAUCAUCUGCAUCAGUCUACUCUAUAACUUAAUUAUCUUCAAGAGUCUGGUUUCCAUCCUCGACAUUAUUAUAUCAUUGACCGUGAUUGACGUCGAUCAGUCCUGGUACUCGCCGGAUCUGGAAGUAUAGCUCGAAAAGCUCAAAACCCCCCCCAAAAAUCCGGGUCAUUAUAUCUUUGUCCUCGACAUCUUUCCCUAUAUACAUUAUGGCAGCGCGCCAAUCAACACCAGCCUCGGAGCAUUCGCAUUCUGAUGGUGGAAUUCGCAAAAGAGUAUGCAAGGCCUGCGAUCGGUGUCGUCUGAAGAAAUCCAAGUGUGACGGAUCUAGCCCUUGUUCGCGAUGCCGAGCUGAUAACGCCAUCUGCGUCUUCGGGGAACGAAAGAAGGCGCAUGAUAAGGUGUACCCCAAGGGAUAUGUUGAAAUGCUCGAGCAGCAACAAGCCUGGCUAGUCAACGGUCUCCAGGAACUAUAUCGACGCAACCUCGACGGCGAAGGCUGGCCCGGCGAGCAGCUGAAGCUCGAACCCAACGGCCACCCACUUACACACGACCUGCUGAUGCGUCUCGGCGCCCUCGAUGGCAGCAAAGGCGAGCGUUUUGAAGAGCACCCCGAAGCCCUGCAGCAGGAUCUAUGGCGCACCAACACAGGCAUGCAGCGACAAGAAUCAUCCGACGGAGGCUCUGACAGUCCACAGUCCCCCGCCCGCUCGCGCUUCUCAUCCGAUGCCUUCUCGCAGCACACCAUGCCGCCAACACCGCCCACAUAUAGCCCAUCAGCACGCGCACCCAUCAAGACUGAGCCACAGAUGCCCAACACUCCACAGUUUGCGCAGCCGAUGCCUAUGGGGGUUGUCAAUCCCUUGGCUCUGCAGGAUCAACAGUGGCCUGGCAAUGGGUUCAACCCGUUCGAUGAUAUGGAUCUGAUGCCCGCCGAUUACUCUCAUUUGCCUUUCGACGACCAGCAGCUGUCUUCACCCAUGUUCAACCGCCAGGUGCCUAUGAACUGCAUGUCACAAGGGUCAUUUCUAGAUUCCAAGAACGACUACGAUGAUUUCAAUCAGUUCUUGAAUCCGAACCCUACGGAAAUAACCUCUCUCUGAGGGAUCUGAGGUUCUCGACUUUAAUGCCGUAUGACGACGCAUGUAUACCGUACAUGUUUCAUUCUCUCUUCUCUCUGGGGCUAUUGCCCCCCGAUUUCAGGCGCAAUUGGGUUUAUGUACAGUGAAUGGGUUUGGGGGCGUUUCAAAAAGGCGGGGGGGUGUCAUACCCUACAUGUUUUAAUUCCAAUCUAAUGAAGUUCUGUCACACCGUCUCAUCAUUUCUUUUCUAGAAGCAAUUCAAGGACCGGAGUUGGGUGCCGAGCCUAUACUACAUGCUCCACAAUACGCCCUGUCUCCUCAUCGAUUAGUGUUGACUAAUCCCAGUCAGCACCGGGUAUAAUUCGGGUUUAAGAGAUUACUGAUUAUGAAUCGGAGCUGACUCAGCGGAACCCACUUGAGGCAUUUGACAUUUGAGCCAUUUCUUUCUUACAUGUUGAGAAAGUCGCCGAAAUGCCGAACUUCCCG